GGCAUGGUGCUGGUGGGCAGAGUCGCGCAGCCGGUGUGCGGCCUCAGCCGGGCAGCGCCGGGCGCCCGCAGACGCUUCUGGGGCUGGCUCAACGCCGUGUUCAACAAAGUGGACUACGAACGGAUACAGGCUGUUGGCCCUGACAGAGCGGCUUCCGAAUGGCUGUUGCGGUGCGGUGCCCUGGUGCGCUAUCAAGGCUACCAGAAGUGGCAGCAGGACUACAACGGUCUCCCAACGGGGCCCUUGGGGAAAUACAAGAUAGAAGCAAUCAACGCCACUGACUCCUGCAUCAUGUACAGAGGAUUUGACUAUCUGGAUGGUCUGGAACACGUUACAGAAAUCAAGCUGCAGAAGUGUAUUUACAUACAGGACGAGUGCCUGCAGAGGCUCAGCGAGACGAAGAAUCUCCAGAAGAGCCUCCUCCAGCUGCAGAUCAUUUCCUGUGGGAACGUCACGGAUAAAGGCAUUAUUGCCCUUCACAAGCUGACGAACCUUGAAUAUUUGUAUCUGAGUGACCUUCCUGGGAUAAGAGAGAAAGAAACCACUGUCCAAGUUCUUCGUCAGGCACUGCCAAACCUCGAGCUGGAGCUGGAUUUAGAAUAAACACAACUGCACGUGACUGAAGUGUAUUUGAUGCCACAGUAUUCAUAAUACGGUGCAUAAAUUAAAUCGUAGAUGCAGCUGUAUUUCCAGGCAUGGAUAUAAGCCUGGAUCUCCCAGUC